GAGACCAGUCCAAUAGACCUGUACUGCUCCUCAAUUCUCAGUUUCUCCCAUCACCAUGGCCGACAAGGUCCAAGCCGACGAGCCCCAGAUACAGCCCGAGUCCUCAAUCCCAGAUAGCCGGUCCUCUCUCAAGGGAGACGCCCACCAUGCCGAAGUAUCCCGACAACCAUACGGCCCCCCGGGUCUUCGGGGUGUAGUCGCCAAUCCUUUUGUACUGCUCUGCGCGGCAUGCUCAACCCGUGGGUGACCUCCUUCCUUGUUCCCACUUGUAACUCCAAGCGGCUAACAGCAAGAUGGGGGGGAAAGUCGGAGGGUUGUCGUUCGGGUACGAUCAGGGUGUGAUCUCAGUCACCCUGGUCAUGGAACAGUUUCUGGGCCGGUUCGUGGAGGUUGCCGAGGGCCAUCCGGGAUCAGGGUUCUGGAAGGGCUUGAUGACGGCAAUGUUGGAAUUGGGUGCUUUUGUUGGCGCGCUCAAUCAGGGCUGGCUCGCUGAUAAGAUCUCUCGACGGUACUCGAUCGUUGUGGCUGUGGCUAUCUUUAAUGUCGGUUCCGUGCUGCAGACUGCCGCCGUGGACUAUGCGAUGCUUACCGUCGGACGCACAAUUGGCGGUAUUGGCAUCGGUAUGCUGUCCAUGGUUGCGCCGCUCUAUAUCUCAGAGGUCUCGCCGCCCGAGUGUCGAGGCGCGCUGCUCGUCUUGGAGGAGUUCUGUAUCGUGCUCGGGAUCGUCAUUGCGUACUGGAUCACGUACGGGACACGGUUCAUGGCCGGCGAGUGGGCGUGGAGACUUCCUUUCCUGCUGCAGAUCGUGCCGAGUUUCGUCUUGCUGGGAGGUGUCAUUGUCCUCCCGUUCUCGCCUCGUUGGCUCGCGUCCAAGGGCCGGAAUGACGAGGCGCUUCAGAGCCUGAGCCAGCUGCGCCGGCUGCCGACCACCGACCACCGUAUCCAACAAGAGCUGCUGGACAUCAAGAUCGAUGUCCGCUUUCAUCAAGAGCUGAACGCCGAGAAGCACCCGACCCUUCAGGGCUCGGGGACGACAAAGAGCCUGCUUCGCGAGCUGGCCGGUUGGGCCGACUGCUUCAAGAGCGGUUGCUGGCGACGCACCCAGGUGGCAGUCCUUGUGAUGUUUUUCCAGCAGUUUGUUGGUAUCAACGCCCUCAUCUACUACUCGCCCACGCUCUUCAAGACCAUGGGUCUCGAUUACGAUAUGCAAUUGCUCAUGUCGGGUAUCAUCAACGUCACGCAGCUGGUUGGCGUCUGCACCAGUCUCUGGACCAUGGACGCCCUCGGCCGUCGGCCGCUCCUGCUCUGGGGUGCUGCCAUCAUGGGAAUUUCCCAUGUCAUUAUUGCAGCCCUCGUCGGUAUCUACUCAGACAACUGGCCUGCGCACCGAACACGGGGCUGGACCAGUGUCGCUUUUCUGUUUGUGUAUAUGCUCGCCUUUGGCGCCACCUGGGGAUCAGUAGGCUGGGCGCUGCCGGCUGAGGUGUUCUCUUCAUUUCUCCGCGCCAAGGGUGUCGCUCUUGCAACAUGCGGCACCUGGCUGUUCAACUUUAUCAUCGGCCUUAUCACACCUCCCUUGAUUCAAGAUACAGGGUAUGGUGCGUACGUCUUCUUCGCAGUGUUCUGUAUCCUCGCCUUCAUCUGGACCUUCUUCUGCGUCCCUGAGACAAGCGGCCGCACCCUGGAGCAGAUGGACGCAGUAUUCAAGGACAACUCAAUCAGCGCGGAGCGGGCAAGGAGGCAGGCGAUCGAAAAUGAGCUUAUGGGAGAGCAUCAUGGCGUUACAGCAUAGACAGUAGUCUAACCAUUUUAUGUAUAGCGAAACGUAUGAUAUCUAGC